AGAAGCAAAAAGCCGGAAAUAGUAGACGUCGAAAAAGGGAUCAGCCAUCGCUGAAAAUGUAAAGUUGAUCGUUACCUCGAAGUGAAAAAGAAGAGAAAAAAUCAAUCUGUUUAAUGUAUUUCAAGGCAGCAGGACUCAAGAUAACUACUUCAAAAGAGUAUCAUUUUGCAACUGCAGCAUGGAACUGUCAAUUAUCGUCUCAUGUUUAGUGGGCCUCUGGCUAAACUGGUCGUUUUUAGUUCAGACUAAGCACAAGUGGGAAACUAAGUUAGAUAUCCUGAGACAGCUGAUCGUAUUUCAAGUAACUGCGAACUCUUUUAACCUCUCUGUUCAUCUGAUUUUGUUGAUACCUUGGCCAUUUUGGGGAUACGCGGUUCGACCUGGAGACUAUUUGUGGACAGUAGAUCCCCUUACCUGCAGAUUGAUCACAGCAGUCCUCGAAAUUUCAUGCAUUGUGUGCAUUUUAAACGCAGCUGGUAUAUUUCUGUCAAAUCAGGGGAAAGACGAGCUAAGAAAGGAGAGACUAGGCAACAAUGCAGCUGUAGUUGUUUCGGCAACGUGUUUUUUGAGCGGAAUUCUCACUUUAGUUUACACAACAGCUAUACCACUUCUGAAACAGGGCACUUUGCACGGAGAAAACUGUCCUACCCACUCGUUUUCAGUGCUCUGCGCACAGACCGAGGUGAAAGCUAUCUAUUUAUCCUACGUGGUGUGUUCUUUAUUUCUGUUUAUCCUCAAUUUCCCGCCAACAAAGUCUAGGGUGAAAUACAUUUUGGACGUGUGCUUCAAAUUGAUAACUGGGGUGUUUCAUGUCAUUUCGUGUUUCAUUCUCUUCUUUGGGGUUGUGUUCAUUGUAUUGUUUAUUCUUGGAGGAUCUUUAUAUAGUGACGCUUUCAACAUAGUCAAACUCUAUUUUGACAUAGUCGGUCUUGCCGUUAGCAUCGGCUUCCCAGCAAUUGUGAACACGGGGUUUACAUCACACGUUUUUCAACCGCCUCCCUCAAACAGAAACCCGGACAAUGAGAAAGAAGAGGUCAAAGUUAGGAUAAACGUAUCUUGACUUUUUCACUCUCGAGAUCACACGAGUAAUUCUCAUUACUGACUGCCUUACAAUUUUUAUGAUGUUUGUUUGAAGAAUUUGGUAUUGGAUCAACUAAUUAAUUAUCUCCUUGUUGAUAUUUUUCUUUUUUCUCAUCACAUAUCUGCUUGAAAUUGUAUUAGUAUUGUAAGGAGAAAUUUUGUUCCAGUCACUCAUGAGAAUUAAAGGUUUAGAAGUUUCCUUCUCAUUGAAUAAUUUAAAUGUUUUGACUACAUAGCAGCAGAACAACUGAUGAUGAUGGCAUGGCGAUGAAAAAUAAUAUAUAUGAAAUAUCAUUUUUAGUUGAAGUUUAGUUAAUUUAUGAAUCUUAAAUACAUCAAAAAAGGAAAAUUGUGUAGAAAAAUUAUUGACCUUGACAUAUUGAAUCCAUUUGCAGCUAGAAGUUGAGAAACCAGUGCCUUUGCCAAAAAUGUUCACU